AUGCCCGAAUUCGACCCCUCAGACAUGUCUGCGACAUCUUCUCAAGGAGUCGACAGCUGGAUCGCAGGUUUCUGCAAUCUGACCGGCCACGAAUACUUUGCGGAAGUGUCAGAAGACUUUAUCGAGGAUGAUUUCAAUCUCACUGGGCUGCAAGCUCAGGUGCCAAUGUAUAAAGAGGCUCUGGAGAUGAUUCUGGACGUCGAGCCAUCAGAAACGGGAUCUUCGAAUUUGAGUGAAGAAGAGGAAGAAGAGGAGGAAGAAGAGGAAGACGACGAGGAAGGCUUAUUAGGGGAAGAGCUUGAUCAGCCAGUCGAAGGUGCACAGAACGGAGGUAAUCGAAAUCAGAACAGAAGAAAUGGCCGCACAAAUUCAGACACGUCCGUCAUCGAAUCGUCCGCGGAACUGCUAUACGGGUUGAUCCAUGCACGAUACAUAAUGUCUCGGCCUGGCAUACAACAGAUGCUAGAAAAAUACGAGCUGGCACAUUUCGGGUACUGUCCGAGAGUGUACUGCCAUGGCACAAAAGUUCUUCCAGUUGGCAGGACGGAUACACCAGGGCAAGAGACGGUUAAGCUGUUUUGUCCAAGUUGUUUAGACAUCUAUACUCCUCCCAACUCUAGAUUCCAGGCGGUCGAUGGCGCCUUCUUUGGUACAACCUUCCCUGGCUUGUUCUUGAUGACUUUUCCUGAGCUGGAUAUCGCGCCAGCCAAGAAGAGGUCACGGGACAAUGGAGCUACAAACGAAGAGACAGAAAGUAUAUUGUCUCCGAAUGAGGCCGCUCAACACCAAGGUAUGACAGCAAGCAGGAGUAGCAGCCUCACACUACCUUCGGCUCCAUUAAUACCUGGCGUCAAUACUGCCAAGGACGAACGAGCGGCAGCCCAAGCCGCCAUGCUCGCUGCACUGCCCCCUCAGCCGGCCACGAUCAAUGGUGUAGCGGCUCAGAAUCUUGCCCCAGGACUAGGAAGAAGCAAAAUCUACGAGCCGAAAAUCUAUGGGUUUAGGGUGUCGGAAAGAGCUAAAGGUGGUCCCAGAAUGAGGUGGCUGAGGUCGAAGCCAUUAGAUCUUAAUGAACUUGACGAAGCACGAAUAUAUCACGAAAAGUAUGGUGGCAACGUGGAUGGAGAUCCCGACGAUGAAGCUGAUGAGGAAGGAGGUAAUAUUGAGGACAACGAGGAAGAGGAGGGUGACGGCGACGCGGUCAUGCAAUCUGCAUCUACUCGACCAAGCAGUAAGCGCAAAGGCAAGCCGAAUUCGAAGUCAAAGGCUGGGAUCGCAAAUGUACCGGGUGGCGGAUAG